AUGACAAUGAUGAUGAAUGCAAUUAAUUAUACUCCUUCUCAUCCUGAUCAAUUUCAAAUCGAAUGGGGUCCAGAAGGUACAUAUGCAUCUAGAUUAAUUUCAUUAGAAUCUUUUGCUCCUGAUUCGAUUCUGGCCACUUUAGGACCCGAAACUAUACUCACCGAAACAAAAGCAUACACAUCAAUCCAAUUCAAAGAAGAAACCCCAACAGAUCGAUUAAUUCACCUAGAAUUAAAUUCAGAUUUAGUUUACAUCAACCAUUCCUGUGAACCGAAUGUAUCUUUUGUUUUGGAAAACGGAAUCGUGGGUAGAGAUCAACAUCAAUGGGUUUUAAAAUCUUUGUGUGAAAUUAAAAAAGGUCAACCUUUGACUUUUGCUUAUUUUAGUACUGAGUGGGAAAUGACACAACCAUUUGAUUGUCAAUGUCAAUCCAAGAAAUGUUUGGGUAGAAUCGAAGGUGCUAAAUUCAUGGAUGAAUCGAUUUUAUCCAAUGAAAAUCUAAUGAAUAUUUUUUGGAUUUUGGAUUUUGAUCAACAAAAAGGUAUUUUAUUAACGAUCAUAUAA